AUGGCUGAAUCUGAUAUUACAGAUCCAUCACAAGCAACCUCGAACUCAGCCAAUAUACCAACCGGCUCUUCCACUGAAAGUGUUGUCUUUACUAUACUAUGCACUGCAGCCGUAGCUCUUGUAAUUACGGCUGCCGCUUUAUUCUUUGUUACUCGUAAAAAACUGCAACCGGAUGAUUCGCUUGAUACAACUGAGAAUGGUUUAUAUCGAAAGAAUUCGCUGUCAGAUGAAAUAUUGUUCUUGAAAAAUAACAAUUCAAAGGAUUCAAUGCCGAUGCAUUCGCCGAGUAUACCAAGAGAUCAGCAACCAAAAGAAGUUAAACCUUCCACUCCUCCAUCAACAGGAAGCGCUACUCCCGCAGCUAUUUUUCCUCAGUUAAAUACACAGGCUCCAUUUGAUUUGUCACCUGAUUUUUUCAAUACUCCACCAAAGGCUCAUAAAUCUCUAAUUAGUAGGUCAAGAUCAUCUUUAGAUCUCGGUCAUCCUCGUAAAGAGAAAGAAGAAAUAUUCAAUGAAACCACUCCUUUUAAUGAUUCACCUGGACCACCAUUAGGAAAUGUACACGUUCCCAGAGAGCAAUUUGGUGAAAGUCCAUAUAUGACAUCUCAUCAUCAUUCAACUGAUUAUUUACAGGAAAUGCCUUCACCCAUGAGACAUGACUAUUCAACGUCACCUAUUCGUUCUCCAAGAAUUUCUGGAGAUAUUCGUCCACAGUCACGACAAUCAUCAGAAUACAUGACGCAUUCUCCACAAGAAUUUCAAGAUCCUCAAUACCAUUCAACUUUUGAUGAAUCCAAUAUAUACGCGGAAUCACCUAUUAAUCUCGAACCUUCUACUACUAGGUCGGAAAGGUCAGAAAGGUCACGUAGUCGAGGCAGAAGUUUAUCUCCGUAUAUCCAUAGACAUGCAUCUCCAUAUGAACCGACUGAAUUCGAUGAUACAGAUAUUGGCGAUCAACCACAUCCAAGUGUGUCAAGAUCAUCCGAAUCUCCAUCACCGCCACCAACAGAACGACGUCGACCACCAAGAGGAGGAACAUACACACCAGAAGAUAGUGCUGGUGCUCCAUUAACAUCGUCAGCAUCAAUUACUCGUCGUGCUCGUAGUGCUAGGCGUCAAGGACGUGAACGUCGUGGUGGUGGAAGCAACAGCGGAGCCACUUAG